UGUAUUGCAGCUGUUAACUCCACCAACCGCAUCUUCCUUGCUGCCACCGGAGUUUUCGUCCAGAAUCCUGACCCCUUCUUUUCCUUGGGCGGCGCCGCGCCGCGCCGUGCCGACUAAGCUUUAAGUUCAAGGUCAAGGAGAGAUGCAUGAUGCGCGCGUGCGUCCCAAGCUCUAAUGAGCCCCACGCUCCUCCCGCAUCUAGCUACUAGUACCAGUCCAUCGGUAUCCCUCUCUCCGCUUGGUCCACACUGGGUAGCUAGCUGCGAAAAGAUUCGGCCAUUGACCGACUAGAUUGCGAGCGCAGUUGAAGGGAUCGAACAAGCAGAUUGUCCAAGCAACGAGCUUGUUCCAGCAGGUAGCGGCGAGGUCAAGAAGCUGGCGGCGAGCAAGUGGUGGGAGCGCGGCGGUGAGGGUGCCAUGGCCGGGAUGGACCCCGGCGGCGGCGGUACUGGGGUUGCGUCGCACUAUUUGGACCUCCUCCGUGCCCAGCAGCACCAGCACCAGCCAUCGCCGCUCUCCCCCAACUCCCACGUCAAGAUGGAGCGCUCCGCGCCGUCGCCGGACAGGGACAAGAAUCUGGCCACCAACGCUGAUCCCGGCGGGAGCGGAGCGGGUGGCGGGGAUCGACCCUCGCCGUCUUCCAUGGUGCCGGCCGAGGGCCACGGGGGAUCUGGUGGCCCGACGAGGAAGCCGCGCGGGAGGCCGGCGGGGUCCAAGAACAAGCCCAAGCCGCCCAUCAUCGUGACGCGGGACAGCCCCAACGCGCUCCACUCCCACGUCCUCGAGGUCGCCGCCGGCGCCGACGUCGUUGACAGCGUCUCCGAGUACGCGCGCCGCCGCGGCCGCGGCGUCUGCGUGCUCAGCGGCGGCGGCGCCGUCUCCAACGUCGCGCUCCGCCAGCCCGGCGCCGAGCCCCCGGGCAGCCUCGUCGCCACCCUGCGCGGGCAGUUCGAGAUCCUGUCCAUCACGGGCACCGUGCUGCCGCCGCCCGCCCCCCCGGGGGCCAGCAGCCUCACCGUGUUCCUCGCCGGCGGGCAGGGGCAGGUGGUCGGCGGGAGCGUGGUCGGCAAGCUUGUCGCCGCGGGGCCCGUCGUCCUCAUGGCCGCUUCGUUCGCCAACGCCGUCUACGAGAGGCUGCCGCUUGAGGGAGAGGAAGGGGAGGCGGCCACAGCCACCGCAGCCGUGGAACAGCAAGGUGCAACGCAACCCGCCGCAGCACAACCACAGCAGCCGGAGGCAUCGCAGUCAUCAGGGGUGACCUGGGGCGAUGCUGGCGGCGCCGGCAUGGGCCAUGGCAUGUCACUGUAUGAUCUUGCUGGAGGGAAUGUGGGAAGCUACCAGUUGCCCGGAGACAACUUCGGCAGCUGGACCGGCGGUAUGAGGCCGCCAUUUUGAUUCACAUCAAGCUCUUGACAUGGCAUAGAAUCAGGGUAAGUCUCAGAACGUUCCAUGGAGGAGAACCUGUGAUUGAUCACUCUGGUCAUGCAUUUCGGUGAGAAUGCAAUGCAUGCUGUGCUUACUGUUGAAUUGUGAAAUCCCAAAUGGUCUAUACCUAUUAUGUAAGAAUCUCAUGCAUUACAAAGUGGAUUAUCAACAUUGGUUGUGAAUUUAAAUAAAUUUUGCCUGCACGGGAUCAGUUCGAACAAAAUCCAAGAAGAAAGGUCAGUAGGUCCAGAGUUUACUGUUUAGUGUCCAUCUGUAAUCUCUUGCUUUAGAAUGAUGCUUGUCAAGUGUCGUCUUUCGGCCUUUUGCUUCUAUUUUUCUUUAUAAGGAUGCUUGUUAUGUUAUUCUACUAUUUCUAUAAAGAGUACUCUUCUAUAAAUUCUACUACUGCUUUCACCUUUUUA